AGUGUGGGGCGCCGGUCUGCUGGAGCUCUCUUCUUCCAGCCCGGCUGGUGGUCGGCGGGUCCGGGCCUCCUCUGCGUCUCGGGCCCUAGCAGGGCCUGUGGCCAGCUCCUCGAGCCGCCAGCCCGUCUUGCCGCCCGCAUGGCCGCCAUCAAAGCCCUGCAAGAAUGGUGCCGGCAGCAGUGCGAGGGCUACCGGGACGUGAGCAUCACCAACAUGACUACCUCGUUCCGCGAUGGCCUGGCCUUCUGCGCUAUCUUGCACCGACACCGGCCAGACCUUAUAAACUUCAAUGCCCUCCGGAAGGAAAACAUUUACGAGAACAACAAGCUGGCCUUCCAAGUGGCUGAGGAACAGCUGGGCAUCCCAGCCCUGCUGGACGCUGAGGACAUGGUUGCCUUGAAGAUUCCAGACCGGCUGAGCAUCCUCACCUAUGUGUCACAGUAUUACAAUUACUUCCACGGCCGGUCCCCAAUUGGAGGCAUGGCUGGCAUGAAGAGACCCUCAUCAGACUCGACUGAAGAACUUUCUGGAAAGAAGAAGGUCCCGUCUCAGCCGGCCAAGUUGUCCUCGCCUGUUCCAACCCAGAGGUUACCGUUGUCCCCAGCUAGGACAAACCCCGUGGUUCAGAGGAAUGAAGGUGUCUCAGAGAGACCAUCCCCAAAGGCCGCUCCGGGGACUGUGGGAAGCUCUGUCAGCAGCAUCUGCGGGGUCUGUGGCAAGCACGUUCACCUCGUGCAGCGGCACCUGGCUGACGGGCGCCUCUACCACCGAAGCUGCUUCAGGUGUAAACAGUGUUCCAGCACGCUGCAUUCGGGGGCCUACCGCGCCACGGGAGAGCCCGGCGUCUUUGUGUGCACUCAUCACAGCUCAGAAGCCGUCUCUGUGAGCCCCAAGUUGUCAAACCUGGCCUCCAGGCAGCCAGGAGGUGGCAUCGCAGACACCAGGCCAAUCGGAGUCUCACAGAAGGUUCUGGAGACAAAUGGAGAGGCGACACCACUGAGGGCCAGGACAGCAGCCUGGGAGCACGCCGGAGGCAACAGAGCUGCCAAAGGUUUUGUCCAGACUGAACUUACGCCGCCAGCUACCUCCCGCGUCCAUGUGGGGAGCCCUGCAGGGCCCAGGCUACCUAUGAGUACGGUGACUACUACUUCUGCGAAUAGCAAAGCGACCACCCAUGUGACUAACAGCUCCCCAGUGGGAUGGUCAUCAUCUGCCCAGAGCAGCACAGGGACCUCCGGCUCCCGCCCUGUUGUAUCCCCAAGUGCUCUAGGCGCUCAUCUAUCUGUGCCCCAAGGCCAAGCAGCUUCAAAAGGUGUUAAGACUCAACUCAACUCCAGCACAGACUCUUCAAGCACAGCGCCCACCCCAGCCUGGACCUCCUCAUCCUCUAGGACUCAGCAGGCCCGAGAGAAAUUUUUCCACAACCUUUCUCCAGCCCCAGCCCCAGCCCCAGCCAGUAGCAGCAGCAGUCAUGCCAGCAGGGUCCCCACUGUGGUGACUGCCCCCAGUGGCAAGGUUUCCCCUCUGGUGAAUACCUCUACCAGCAAGGUCCCCUCUGCCACUGUGGUGACUGUCCCCACCAGCAAGGCCUCCACUGUGGUGACUGCCCCCACCAGCAAGGCCCCCACUGUGGUGACUGUUCCCAUCAGCAAGGCCCCCACUGUGGUGACUGCCCCUACAAGCAAGGUCUCCACUGUGGUGACUGUCCCCACCAGCAAGGCCUCCACUGUGGUGACUGCCCCCACCAGCAAGGCCUCCACUGUGGUGACUGUCCCCACUGGUAGGGGCCAUGUUGUGGUGAAUACUUCUGCCAGCAAAGUCUCUGGUGUCGUGGAUAACCCUGCCCAGGAGAGCAGCCGGGAGCAAGCACUAAGUGUCCUUAGGAAGGCCCUGCCGGGGCUGACCAGAGCUGGUUCCCAGGCUCCAAGCAGGUCCUCCCCAGCCACUUCCUCUGUCCUGAUCACCCUUCCCAAGAAUGAAGUGCCACCAAAAGUUCCCUCAGCCAAGCUGUCACAUUCAACCACUCAGGCCUUUAGUCCCACACCAAAGAUGGAGCCCACAGCGCCGCUUAGUGUGGGCAGUACCUCGUGGACAUCCGUAUCACUCCAGGCUGGCAAAAAGAGCCCGGGUAUUUCUCCAGGCAUUGGUAAGACCAGCGCUGUCUCCAGGCCACAAGCAGAAGUAAAGGGUCCAGGUCCCACUUCUCAGGAAGGCCAAGAGGAAGGGCCAGAAGGAUGGAGGGCCCGGCUGAAGCCUGUGGAUAAGAGGGCUCUAGAACAAAAAGAACCAGUCCUGGCAGAGCCGAGGGCAGGGGACACUCCCAGGAAAGCCUCCAGUAGCUCUGACUCCAGCAUCCACAUCACUUUAACUCCCAUUCAGCAAAAGAGGACACCGUGCCUGGCUGAUUCUGGGUCCAGCCUUGCAGCCCCCUCUCCUCCAUCACGCCGCAAGAAACUAGUUGUUCCUCCCACCCUCGAUGUUUCUGCGGAUUGGCUCCAGCCAGAGCUCAAGAAGCAGGACGAUCAGACCAGGAGCUGUAAGGAGAAGACAGCCACCUGGGGGACAAGAGAGAGCUCUGCAAUCCUGGACAAUGACCUUGUUUCACCUGACGAGGCUGUGACCUCCCCAGUCAGGCUCCACCCCAACUAUAUCUCCCAGGAAGAGCUGCAGAGACAGCUGCAGGACAUUGAGAGACAACUGGACGCCCUGGAGCUCAGGGGUGUUGAGUUGGAGAAGCGGCUGCGGGCAGCUGAGGGAGAUGCUUCUGAGGAUGGCCUCAUGGUGGACUGGUUCCGGCUUAUUCACGAGAAGCAGUUGCUGCUGAGGCGUGAAUCGGAACUCAUGUACAAGUCCAAGGACCAGUGCCUGGAGGAGCGGCAGCUAGACCUCCAGGGUGAGCUGCGUAGACUGAUGGAGAAGCCAGAGGGUCUGAAGUCCCCUCAGGACCGCAAGCGGGAGCAGGAGCUGCUGAACCAAUAUGUGAAUACUGUGAAUGACCGAAGUGACAUCGUUGACAACCUGGAUGAGGAUCGGCUCCGGGAACAGGAGGAGGACCAAAUGCUGGAGAGUAUGAUCCAGAAUCUGGGCCUCCAGAGAAAGAAGUCCAAGUCCUUCUUGUCCAAGAUCUGGUCCUCGAAGAGCAAAAGUGGACAGACAUGAGCUGCACAUGGCUGGCACAAGGGCCCUGGCCCUUCUCAGGAAGAGACUGGUGCUGUGACUCCAGAAGGGAUGCUUGAGGGUACCAGGGCCCAUGGCUCCCACUCUGGGUCCUUGUAACCUCAAUAAAGACAUUGACCUUCUCUCA